GUUGUCGGAACUCAGCACUCACCUCCGUCUUUCUACGCAUGGCGGUGCCUCGGAUGGGCGUUGUAUUAUGCUGGACUAUGUCAAUCCCUUCGCCUUUCGCAUGACAGCCCCUCUCAAGGAAGGCGAUAUCGACUCCGUACUGGGCAUGUUAAAUGCCUACCAACUGCUCCGCGAGGAUAUGGAUAACAUUCUGGAACUAUCUACAUGGAAGGGUCGGCUGAAUCCUAUGAAGGCAGUGGACUCUAAGGUACUCAUCCAUGUGAUUGAUAAUGUUUCUGUCUUGCAUGGUAUUCGUUUCUCCUGCUGUUUCUUUCCUUGCCCUUGUUGUCAACUCUACUCCCUUUUUUGA